CUGGCCGCGGCGGCUGGAUUUGCUGCAAUGCAUGCUUAUGAAUCUCACCUCCGCGCAACGGGCCAGCCUGUCUCUCAUGGAAAGAUGAAAGAAAUUCUUGCAGCAAUUGCUGCCGCAGAAGUCGACAAACUCGCUGAAACGAAAGGUCUCGACUGGCUUGACAGGCACCGCGCAAAGAAGCUCGCAGAACACCAAGCACACGCUCUUGCAGAACAGCGUUACGGAGAAUAUAAUUCCGGAUGGGAAUAUGCGACUGCUCAGCAAGGUCCAGUGCAGGAGUAUAAUUUCUACGGAGGCGUGCCAUACGGGAUGCAGGGAUGCGGGAGUUACGGGUGGUAUGAGCAAAGGUAUGGCGGCGGAGGUGGAUAUGGUGGUGGUGGAUACGGGAGUGGAGGCUACGGUGGUGGAUAUGGAGGAGGCUAUGGAGGAGGAUACCCUCAGCAGCAAGAAUAUGGUGGAGGCUAUGGUGGUGGGGGAUAUGGUCAACCUCCGCCUCCACGAGGCUACUAUGGUGGUGAAUACGAACAAGGACCUCCUCGUGGUUACGGUUAUUAG